AUGGUGUAUUCUGAAAGAUUUACUUUAGAGCAAGCCAAACAAUUGAUAAUUGAUAAUUCUAGUGACGAAGAGAGUAUUAGUGAGCAUGAAGAGAUUACUGAUUAUUCGGAUGUAGAAUUUACUGACGAAAAAGGAAAUGAACCUUUUCUCGUUGAAGACAGCGCCGACGAUGAUGAUGAAAUAAAAUAUACACUUCAGAGUUCAAAUGUACAAAAUGACAGCUCUAAUUCAGAUCUAGGCUCUUCCGAUGAAAGCAAUGAUAAUGAAAAAAGCAAAACAUUUGUAUCUAAAUGUGGAAACAUAGUCUGGCAAAAUGAACCAGUUUACAACAAAUGUGGAAGGCGUGGUAUGAUGAAUAGUAUGAUUAACUUUGGCCACAAGGAUGACUUGGUAGAGACAAAGAUUCCUGCUAUACUCAGCAAAUCCGGCAGAUGUCAUGCUUGUCCUAGAAUAAAGGAUAAGAAAACAGCACUAAAAUGUUCAAAGUGCAACAAACCAACAUGUAGAGAUCAUGUUUUUAUGAUAUGUAGGAAUUGUUCUACAAAUUGA